AUGUCGAUGCUGCCGUCGUUCGGCUUCACGCAGGAGCAAGUGGCGUGCGUGUGCGAGGUCUUGCAGCAGGGCGGCAACUUGGAGCGGCUGGGGCGGUUCCUGUGGUCGCUGCCCGCCUGCGACCACUUGCACAAGAACGAGAGCGUGCUGAAAGCCAAGGCGGUGGUGGCCUUCCACCGGGGCAACUUCCGCGAGCUCUACAAGAUCCUGGAGAGCCACCAGUUCUCGCCCCACAACCACCCCAAGCUCCAGCAGCUGUGGCUCAAGGCGCACUACGUGGAGGCCGAGAAGCUGCGCGGCAGGCCGCUGGGCGCCGUGGGCAAGUACCGCGUGCGGCGGAAAUUCCCGCUGCCGCGCACCAUCUGGGACGGCGAGGAGACCAGCUACUGCUUCAAGGAGAAGUCGCGGGGCGUCUUGCGGGAGUGGUACGCGCACAACCCGUACCCCUCGCCCCGGGAGAAGAGGGAGCUGGCCGAAGCCACCGGCCUCACCACCACCCAGGUCAGCAACUGGUUUAAAAACCGGAGGCAGCGCGACCGAGCGGCGGAGGCCAAGGAGAGGGAGAACACGGAGAACAACAGCGCAUCCACGAACAAACAGAACCAGCUGUCUCCCUUGGACGGGGCCAAGCCACUCCUGUCCAGUUCGGAAGAAGAGUUUUCACCCCCGCAGAGCCCGGAUCAGAACAUUCUGCUGCUGCAAAGCAACUUGAGCCAUGCCAGGAACUCCAGCUAUUCCUUGACCGGCUUAACUGCCUCCCAAACGACCCACGGCCUCCAAGCUCAUCAGCAUCAGCUGCAGGAUUCCCUCCUAGGGCCCCUCACCUCCAGCCUGGUGGACUUGGGCUCAUAAUCCG